UAUUUUGGAGUUUUAAAUUUGGAGAAAUAUACUUUUGGUAAAGUUUUACGAGACCGUCAGCGCGAUCUCCGUUGUUUUUCGGUUAAUUUUCGAAGCUGAAGAAAUAUGAGAACUAUCAAAUAACGAUUUGGCAUAGUGCUGCCUGCUGGUUUCGGCGCUGGCUUGCAAUCUUCGAUGAUAUGGUUUAAAUGAAUUGGAUUUAGCCAUUUAGAACAAGGCCUGGUUUACGACGAUGGAGUUCAUGCCAACUAUAACAUGUGAAGGAGACUAUGACAUAUUUUUUCCAUUCAAAGAUGAUAUUCAGCGUAGACUAUCAGAUACAACCAUUGAAUGGAAAAGAUCUCACGGGCGUCCUUCAAAGAUGGUUGUUGUCAGAGGGCAAUGUUUACGACUCACGAAAGAUCACCUUAAAUAUACCAUCGAAACUACGCCGAGUUUAAACGACCUGCCAUUUUUUCACAUGUUCUGGACCGAUUGCCAGGACUUUGACGAAUAUCGCAGUGAAGUGAAGGAUCGUAUCAACAAAUGGUUGAGGAAUAUCAAGUCAAACUCUAACAACGAUUGGUUGGUAGUUCAGGUGAUUACACAUGGUUCAUUGAAAGGCAACAAACCAAAAUUACAGCUUCCCCGAAGCAGCGUUUUCGACAAAAUCAAGAGUGAUUUUGGUGGCGGAAAAGCAAACGACAGAUGCAUCCAGUUGUGGGAACCGUCAAAGCACGAGGUAACCCCGAGGUCAGUGGAAUCCUGGCAGGCGUUUAUGAACAAACUGAGGCAGGCCAUUCUUGCAACCGUCGACAGAAACCUGAGAAAAUUCGAAGACAAAGUUCGUAACACAAGAGAUAAGCGGAACGAAGCCAAAUGGGAUUUCACAAAGUACUUUCUUUGUCACGAAGAAGUUGCAAUGGUUUAUGAAAUGAUGCAUCUGAACGAGGAGGCUCUCAUUCAUUAUGACGAAAUAGACGCGCUCAUGCAUCAGCUUGUGAAUAAUGUGAAAACCUCAGACUACUCGGGACCGCUGACCCCGUUCACGGGGGAGUGUUGGUGCUGGGAUGGUGCAUCAAUUUCGUCGGAUUCGGAAAAAAAACUUCGUGCGAAAAUUAAAGAAAGAAAUGCGACGUUAUUGGAUAUAAGAAACUAUCUUUUCAUCAGGCAGUGUGCCUUGUUAUUCCAGUUGGACCGAGUGAAAGAUGUCUUACAGCGAAUGCUGGAAUUUAUGCAUAACGUUGUUCACGAGUUGACGAUUUUAAAUGUUUCGAUUCCCGCCGGAGCUUCGGCCUGUUGGGUGACUUUGAGCUCGCUUCAGUUGAUACGUUCCACAAUCCAGAAGAAUCCCGAGUUAGUGACGUACAGUCUUCACACUGCUCAGAUAUAUCAAUAUGCAAUGAAAAAGCUUUUCGAAGUUGGUCAUUUAUGUGGCUUGAUGCCUGAUGAAGUCUCAACUGACCAGCAACUUCAUCUGGCGUGUGAACUUUCUGGAGGCGUGGGAAAGAACGACGAAGUUAAAUUCAGUGAAGGUAAUCCUAGCAAUAAGCUGAAGACUGCCCUCUCAUCGAAAGAUGGCUUCAAAGCGCUCUAUUUGGAACUUUUGCAAAUGGCCAUUAAAACGUACGAAAAUAUCAAAAGAACGCGCUCAGCGAAAGUCCUGGGAAUAGAUUUGGGAAGGUUUUAUAUGUCGGGAGGAAGCUUCGGUGAUGCAGAAGAGUUGUUAACUGAAGGAUACAAAAUGUUUGCUGAAGAAGGAUGGGGGUUACUCGCUGCAAACACGUUACUUUGCUUAGCUCAAUGUCAAUACCAGUUGCGUAACAUGGAAAAAUAUGCGCAAUCAUGUGCUGUUUUAGCAUGUCAGUCCCACCUUAAGAAAAACGAAACACUAUUUUUCACGGAGGAACUGAUCAGAUUGAAAGAUGACAAGGAACAUGACGACAAGCCUCUGGUGAUAAGAGCCGAACCAUUGUUCAAACCGGAAAUGGUGAAAAUUCAUUUAACAAAGAAUAUUGCGACCGUCGGUGAAACGGUUCAUAUUGAGAUACAGCUGGACAGUGGACUGGAGCGGGUUGUGGAUGACUGCUUGUUGAGGACAACAAUGAGGAUGUCCGUGGCCCCCCAGGACAGCGAACCAAUACGACUUUCGAACGAGGAAGAUUCCGUGGAUUCAUCUAGUGUCAGCAAUGCGAGUGUGUCGAGUUCAUCCAGCGACGGUGUCUCUUCGUCUGGCGGAGAUGAAAAAGUCAAAGAGAAGUUUAUACUCGAUUCUGAGAAAGUUCAGUUAACCGCUGGAAAACACAUAUAUUGUCUCAAGGGGAAGGUAAGAAAGAGUGGUACAUACCUUCUCCAACAGUUGUUGGUAAGAAUGGGCAACAUCCAGUUGCUUGCAUCACUUCAACGUUUGCCAAAAAAAUCCAGGAAGUUCGUGGUUGUCUCAGAAUCUCCGACAGUUACCUGGACCCCAGGCGCCCUUGACAUUCCUUUAGUGGCAGGUCUUCCAAACUGUGUCUCCUUAACGAUUGCAACUGGACCAGCGGCGAUAUUGGACCAAUCUGUAUUGCAAAUGUCAUCAGAAUCUGGACUUCUCUUCCAACCAAUGGAAUGCAGACAGGCUGUGAUUACGUCACAAUCAGACGAGAAGAGUACCGAUGCAGAAUAUAGUAUAACGCUGCUGGAUGAAGUCAAAGAUGAGAAUUUGGUGGAAAUGUCGUCAAGAUGUUUGGUGAAAUUGCCUUUAAUACCUCCUUACCACAAGAUUCAAAUAGAUUUGUUGUUGUAUUCUCAAUUUGAUGACGCAGAUGUUGAACAACUUACAGUAGAUCACGACGCUUUAUCUUGUGCGACGUGGUCUUCAACAAGUCAAUUGACCAGUCUUUUCCUAACUUUCAACAAACCUUUUCUGUUCGAGCACGUUCUUUUCCGGACGAAAUACGGUCAGUUUCUCCAAGUCAUCUUAACUGGAGCGACGUGUGCAGAGAUUUUAAUUUGUAAUGCUGAACUGGAACGCGAAAGUAAACUUGACCUGGACGUAACGGAAUUAAUCCCUCUUAAUACUUCCACUCCACAGGUCUUGUAUUACCAAGGAGAACUGUCUUAUGUCUGGCGUAUGAAUAAAGGAUUGCCGGAUGUUUCUACCUUUGUCCUCAGUCUUGCUUAUUCUUCCAGAAUUGAGGCUGGUGAUAGGUAUACGUUCAAGCAUACUUUUAAAGUCUGAAUAUGUGAAGGUAUAUCAGUUCAUGUAUCACUCGAACAACUUAAUUUAAACAACUGAAUUGGUUGGUUUAUCACGCUGGUCCUAAUUAGCUCAAAUAGUCCUAAUUAGCUCCUACUCGUGCAGGCUCAUAUUGUCAGUGGAUAACUUACAUACAUUUGAGAGCAGUGCGUAAAACGAAAAGCUUUUAAUUUUUGAUGCGAAGACCGUUGGAACGGUGACGAGAUGGCACAAUUUCCUUGGUCUACAGUAAUAUGGUGGUCUGAAAUUUUCACCCUAUGCAGAGCCAGUCCGUCACUGCGUAGAUAAAGCCAGAUAUAAUUCUAUUGCCACGCUAGUUUCCCGCCACAAACACUCAAUAGCGAUAGUUUUAGCGGGAAACGGAAGCUGGAAAAUGAAAAAGAAAUGUUGCUUUGCCCGAAAAAUAUGCCUGGUGAAGCUAGGCUUUUAUUUAGAUCGCAUUCCCUUCAGUAAUACAAAAUGGUUUGAAUUAUUGCGCAAUAGACUAGAGCUCGUAUAACCUAAUCAUAUUCUAUGGAAUUUUGCAAGUUGGGAUACCGUAAUUAUUCGAAUAAACGCCGCGGCGUUUAUUAAAUUUUUAGCAAUUAAGAUGCGGCGUUUAUUCGAGGGCGGCGUUUAUUCAAGGGAGGCGUUUAUUACAAACUCGUAACAACUCUGAAUUUCAGUGUGUAAUUUAAACGCCAAUUUAACCAAUACAAUCAAUCCCCAAAAAAACUAAGUA